AUGCUGAGUGUAGUGCUCUGCCCCAGGUCGUUGGCCAAUUCUGCCCAUAAUUGGAUUCUCCAUAUGCUCCUGCUGGAGAUGCUGGUACUAGGAGUCCUGCCCAGCAUCUCCAGAUUACCGCCGCCGACCAAACGUGAGAUCGUGUUGGACGGGGACCUGGUGAUUGGAGCCCUGUUCCCCGUGCACCACAAAGGUGAUGGGAUGGAGGACUGUGGCAAGAUCAAUGAGGAGAGAGGGAUCCAGAGACUGGAAGCCAUGCUGUUGGCACUUGAUGAGAUUAACUCCAGCGAUCGCAUCCUUCCCGGACUCCAGCUGGGGGCCCACAUCCUGGACACCUGCUCGAAGGACACAUACGCUCUGGAGCAGUCUUUAGAUUUCGUCAGGGCCUCCCUCACCAAGGUGCAUGAUCCAGGCUUCAUCUGCCCAGACGGCUCCAGACCUAUCCAAAACGAGGUUCCACUGGCCAUCUCGGGGGUCAUUGGAGGAUCCUAUAGUGAUGUUUCCAUUCAGGUGGCCAACCUUCUGCGAUUGUUCCAGAUCCCUCAGAUCAGCUAUGCCUCUACCAGUUCAAAGCUCAGCGAUAAGACCCGCUAUGACUACUUCGCCCGCACUGUGCCCCCUGACUUCUACCAGGCUAAGGCUAUGGCUGAGAUCCUGCGUUUCUUCAACUGGACCUACGUGUCUACAGUAGCAUCAGAGGGCGACUAUGGUGAGACUGGCAUUGAUGCCUUCCAGCAGGAGGCCCGCACUCGCCAAAUCUGCAUCGCCACUUCAGCCAAGGUGAGCCGCUCCAUGAACCGCCAGAGCUAUGAUAAUGUGAUCCGCUCUCUGCAGCAGAAGUCCAAUGCCAAGGUGGUCGUCUUGUUUACCCGCAGUGAAGAUGCCCGUGAGCUGCUGGUGGCUGCUGCUCGCAUGAAUGCAACAUUCAUCUGGGUGGCCAGUGAUGGAUGGGGAGCUCAAGAGAGUGUGGUGAGAGGCAGCGAGACUGCAGCAGACAAUGCUUUCACCAUUGAGCUGGCCUCCUACCCAAUUAGAGAAUUUGAAGACUAUUUCACCAAGCUGAACCCAUACACCAACACAAGGAACCCGUGGUUCAAAGAGUUCUGGGAGCACCGGUUUGGCUGUAGUCUCCAGGAACCUGGCUGUAGUGAACACAGCCUACGAGAUGGAACGUUUGAGCAGGAGUCCAAGAUCAUGUUUGUGGUAAACGCAGUCUAUGCCAUGGCCUAUGCUCUGCACAACAUGAGGCAAGCUGUAUGCUCCAAUACAUCCAAAGUCUGUGAUGCCAUGAAACCAGGUAACGGCAAAAGGUUCUACAAGGAGUUUAUCUUGAAGACCAAGUUUGAAGCUCCGUUCAGACCUGCUGACACUGAAAACAUGGUUCGCUUUGACUCUUUUGGUGACAGCAUCAGCCGCUACAACAUCUUUCAUUAUCACAAAGAAGAGGAGAAGUUCGUCUACAGGAAGGUUGGCUACUGGGACCAGAACCUUACCCUGAACACCACCCUGGUGCCCUGGCAUGGCCACAUACCACCAACCUCCCAGUGUAGCGACCCCUGCAGGAAGAAUGAGGUGAAGAGCAUGCAGCCUGGAGACGUGUGCUGCUGGAUCUGUAUUCCCUGUCAGCCCUAUCAGUACCUGCAGGAUGAGUUCACCUGUGCUGACUGCACCUUCGGUCAGUGGCCCCUGGCCAAUUUGACUGGCUGCUAUGAUCUGCCUGAAGAAUACAUCCGGUGGGAGGAUGCCUGGGCUAUUGGGCCUGUUUCCAUCUCCUGCCUUGGUAUACUAUGUACUCUAUCAGUAGUUGCCCUGUUCUUUAAGCACAAUGAGACACCUGUGGUUAAAGCAAGUGGACGUGAACUCUCUUACAUCCUCUUGCUGGGAGUGCUAAUGUGCUACCUCAUGACGUUUAUCUACAUUGCCAAGCCUUCCACUGCUGUUUGCACCCUACGCCGACUAGGUCUGGGCACCUCGUUCGCAGUGUGUUACUCAGCUCUUCUAACCAAGACCAACCGCAUCGCUCGGAUCUUCAGCGGGGUGAAGGAUGGAGCCCAGCGGCCGCGCUUCAUCAGCCCCGCCUCCCAGGUAGCUAUCUGCGGUGCUCUUAUCUCCUGCCAGCUACUAGUGGCUCUUACCUGGCUGCUGGUGGAGGUGCCAGGGGUUCGGAAGGAGGUGAGCCCGGAGAGGAGAGACGUGGUCACCCUCAAAUGCAACAGCAGGGACUCCAGCAUGCUCAUGUCACUCACCUACAACUGCAUCCUCAUCAUCCUCUGCACUGUCUACGCUUUCAAGACGCGAAAGUGCCCUGAAAAUUUCAAUGAGGCCAAGUUCAUUGGGUUCACCAUGUACACCACGUGCAUCAUCUGGCUCGCUUUCCAGCCCAUCUUCUAUGUCACUGCCAGUGACUACAGGGUGCAGACCACCACCAUGUGUAUCUCCGUCAGUCUGAGUGGCUCGGUGGUCCUCGGCUGCCUCUUCGCCCCCAAGGUUCACAUCAUCCUGUUUCAGCCCCAGAAAAAUGUGGCCUCACUCAGAGUCACAGCCAACCGCUUCAGUGCAACAGUUUCUGCUUCUGCCUCCGCUCCCAGCUCCAGCUACUCUAAAGGGUCAGCCUCUAAUUACGUGCCAGCAGUUUGUAACGGCCGUGAGGUGGUGGACUCCACAACGUCGUCUUUGUGAAAAAGGUUCCUCUCUAAGCACAAGAGACCAUCCCAUCAUCACUCAUCCCUCCAUUAAACAGGGCUGUGUGUGACGGAGCCCCCAUGCCAUCCAACAUGCUGCAGAGAGAUAACUCUGUGUGGGUAGACUGGCUGACAGUGGCAAGGGUAACUCUUAACUGUGAAAGCUAAAUGACGUUCCUACAGCGAGCAGUAUGUAUCAAUUGUAAAGCCUUUUUGUAUAGAUUUAAUAU